AUGCAGCAGUCGAACCCAAUACUUUUGACAAUCUCAAACAUUUUAGAUGAAAUAAUUAAAGAAACUGAUUCUCUUGAAUUAGAAUCAAAUUCAAUCUUUCAUGCAAUAGCAGCUCCAGCAAUCUCAAUUUACAAUUAUUUGCAAAGAAUAAGCAAAUAUACACAUUGCAGUGAAUAAUGCUUUGUCAUAGCUCUAAUAUACUUAGACAGACUUUAAGAGAAACACUCAUAUCUAGUAUUAAAUUCCAAUUGUAUACAUAGGUAUGUCAAUUUUUAAUAAAUCUUUUAUAGAUUCUUGCUAUUAGCAAUUGUAAUUGCGAUUAAAUUUUAAGAUGAUGAUUAUUAUAAGAAUGAUUACUAUGCAAAGGUUGGGGGAAUAAAUGUAAAAGAGAUAAACAGAUUAGAAUAAGAAUUCUUGGAAUAUAUGAAUUAUGAAUUGUUUAUUGAUGAACAAUAAUAUCUAGUAUAUGAAAAGAGAUUGCUAGAAUAUGGCGAAAUAGAAAUGUCUUGA